UUUCGCGCGAAAUGUUGUCUGCGCCGGUGAGUGUUGUGUGAGGACUGUUUCUGUAAAUCCUUACUUUUUCGAUGAGGAUUUCAAUUUAAAGCAGAUAAACGGAAAAACAAAAGUUUAUUUUUCCUUUAUUGGUUAUCGAUUAUCGGUAUUAUAUCUGAGCUCGUGCAGCAGACGGGGAGGAAACAGGAUGAAAUAUUUUACCAGACUGCGAGUCAGACGGGUGUACAAGUGGCUUGGAAACCCUCUAAGUUUUAACAGGAAGUUAAAAACCUAUGAAUAUGGCUCUUUGGCCAUCAGUGUGGAGGGUCUCCCGAGGACCACUGUUAUUAGCACGGGCCAGCACAUCCUCAUAGAGGGAGAUGACGAAGACAACCCGUAUGUGGCCAAAGUCAUCAGGCUGUAUGGUGAUGAGAGUGGGCAGCAGAAGAAGGCGGUGGUUCAGUGGUUUGUCCGUGUGUCUGAAGUGCCUCUGAGCAAACUGAACCUGCUGGGCAGAGAGCCCCACCCACAGGAAAUCUUCUACUACAAGGGGCGCAGCUGUGACGACGAAGUCAAUGCUGAGUCCAUCCUCAGACCUGUGAAGGUGAAGCACCUGGACGGAGCAGCUCCAUUCCCGGACUCUAACGAUAGAGACACCCUGUACGUGAAACUGUCCUGGGACUCCAAGACCUUCAAAGCAGUGGAGUCCGAACUUGUCUCAGCUUCCUCCUCCCCUCCUUCUUCCUGUCCCAGAUCCUCUCUCCCCCCCUCCCCUCCCAACUCCCCACUUGCAGCAGCUCCAGCGACUCGUGGCCCUGCUCGACGGGCCCUGCCGACCCCGGACCUCGCUGUCAUGCGCCGGGCUGCGUCAGGGGAAGUGAGAUACAGCAGGGCCACCAUGAGUGCGGGGAAACCUGGUGCAGCAGAAGCAGAGUCGCUACACUCUGCCACCAAACUGUCGGCCUCCAAAUGUCUGAGUGCCAAGAGGAGGAACGCCUCGGCCAGGACGCCUGGCGUCCGCAAGAAACUGGAACUAAACGGUCCGGAGAAGUCGUCAAUGAUCCGUGAGGACAUCCUGAGCAAGCUGCUAGACGAGGAGCUGGAGUCAGAGGUGACGUUGUCUCAAAGGCUGUCAUCGUCAUCCUCUCCUCCUCAGGUCCUGCCCCUCACCCACAGCCUCAGCCCCCUCAGGAAGGUCCACCAAGCCCCCGCCGCUCAGGGAGCUUUCCCCCUGAAGCCCUCCACUGUCGUCCUCAAAAAACAUUGUCUCUCUGAAAUGGACAGUCCUCCAUCAUCUGCAAGAGACGACGACUCCUCCAGUCUCCAGCAGGGUGAUGAUGUGAUGGAUGCAGGGUUACCGACUGACUCGGUUAAGACACCCAGAAGAAGAACUGCUACGCCAAGGAGACAGUAUGCCAUCAGAGGGCAGAAAGCCACCACUCCGUCUCGAAAAAAAGAACAGAAAUCCUUGAUGGAACCAGCCCUUGGAGUGCUGGCUGAAGUGGAUAAUGAAAGCUCUCCGAUGCUGCCGGUCACCACCACACCGAGGAGCUCCAAGAGGAAGUCAGCUCAGCAGGUGUCGUCUCGCAUCAGAAAGCAGCUGAAUCUUCUGGACAACCAGCUGGACCUGAACUCAGAUGGAGAGGAUGAGGACGAGUUUGUUCCAUCCAAGAAGGAGCUGCAGAGCAGCAGUGAGGAUGAUGGUGACGAUGAGGAAGAGGAGGCAGGGCUGGAUAGUGAUGAGGAGGUGGUGUCUAAAAAAGGCAGACAUGCUGCUGCAGGGUCUCGCACUCCUCGUUCAAAGCAGAAAACUCGCUCCUCAACCAGAACACCUCGAAAGACUCCAAACAGAAAGGUCACACCCAGCACGCCACGGACUCCUCAUCGCGCCACUCCCAGCAUCCCUAGCAGGUCGCUGCCAGCCCGAAAGCCGGCUAAUGUUCUGGAGGAGGCCAGAACCAGGCUGCAUGUGUCCUCGGUGCCCGAGUCUCUGCCCUGCAGGGAGCAGGAGUUUCAGGACAUCUACAAGUUUCCAAAGUCUUUGACUUGUGACCUGAAUAGUCCCCCCUCACCUCGAUCAGGUCAAACAUCACAGUGCAUGUACAUCUCAGGUGUGCCAGGUACAGGUAAAACGGCCACGGUCCACGAGGUGAUGCGCUGUCUGCAGCACGCGGCUGAGGUGGACGAGAUUCCUCCUUUCCACUUCAUUGAGAUCAAUGGAAUGAAGAUGACAGAUCCUCAUCAGGCCUACGUCCAGAUCCUACAGAAGUUGACGGGUCAGAAGGCCACGGCCGACCACGCAGCAGCGCUACUGGAGAAAAGAUUUAGCAACCCUGCGCCCAGGAAGGAGACCACUGUGCUGCUGGUGGAUGAAUUGGACCUGUUAUGGACCAGGAAGCAGAACGUCAUGUACAACCUAUUCGACUGGCCGACAAGGCGUCACGCCCGCCUGGUGGUGCUGACCAUCGCCAACACCAUGGACCUGCCAGAGAGGAUCAUGAUCAACAGAGUGGCCAGCAGACUGGGUUUGACCAGGAUGUCGUUCCAGCCGUACACCUUCAAGCAGCUGCAGCAGAUCAUCACAUCCAGGCUGAACAAAGUGAAGGCCUUUGAGGAGGACGCUCUUCAGCUGGUGUCCAGGAAGGUAGCCGCUCUGUCAGGCGACGCUCGCCGAUGUUUGGACAUCUGUCGCAGGGCUACAGAGAUCUGUGAGCACUCUGCUGCUGACCCUUCUACCACAGGAUUGGUGGGAAUGAGUCACGUGAUGGAGGCGCUGAAUGAAAUGUUUUCCUCCGCCUACAUCACUGCCAUCAAGUGUGCAUCACUGCAGGAGCAGCUCUUCCUCAGGGCGAUCAUUGCUGAGUUUCGCCGACUUGGAUUGGAGGAGGCCACCUUCCAACAGGUGUUUGUGCAGCACCAGGCUCUGUGUCGGGUGGAGGGUCUGCAGCCAAUCAGCGUGUCGGAGGGUCUGGCGGUGUGUCAGCGUCUGGGAGCCUGCAGGUUACUGCUGCUGGAGUCCAGCCGUUUGGGAGUCCUGCAGAGAGUCCGCCUCAACGUGAGCCAGGACGACGUGCUCUACGCCUUGAAAGCUGACUGAAGGAGAAUCCUCUUCAGACUCAUUUAUCUGAACUACAUGAGACGUUAACCUGUCUGAGUUACACAACCUGAAAUGAAACAGAUUUCAGUUUUUAAACCUUAAUAUUAAGUCGAGGCACAGAUUUGGAGUCAGUUUUUUGCAUUUGAUGGUAUGUUUUCUCCAUAAAUCAGUUAGUCUUUAAUUAUUUUAAGUUUUGAUGUUCCCAGUUUAAAAUGAGAGAUUUGUCUUUCUGGAAUGGUUUUUAACAUUGUAUAGUGCAUCUAUUUGUUUUAUGUUUAAUACCUGAAUAUGCAAUAAAACUCCACCUUUAAUAUGGAUCACUCUUUAAUUGUUUUUCUUGAGUUGAUGGUA